AAGGGGGCGGGGCUUUCCUAGGCUGAGCCUAUCAAAAAGGAGGGAGGAGUCGAAUAAAAGGGGCUGAGAUGCUCUCGGCUGGACUUCGAUGCUUCGCCGACCCUCGUUUAGGAACUUCUGGCGUUUCCUUUGUAAUCAAGUCGCAUUUGUAUUCCGGAGAAAAUAGCGAAAUAGGGAGCAGCGAAGGGCUCUUUGGGCAGCCAGAGAGGAACCUUCAGAGCUCAAUUGCUUUUCGCCCAUCUCUUCCCUCUCCUGGGAUGGCAAAGGGCAGUGGCUCUCCCUCACACUCCCUGUCCUACUUCUACCUGCAACUGCCAGAGCCCAACCAGGGGCUUCCUCAGUUCUCCAUUAGGAGCUACUUGGACGAUCAGCCCAUCGCUCACUUUGACAGCCUCACCAGGAAGAUGGAGCCUCUGGUGCCCUGGAUGAAGGAGGUGGAGAAGGAAGCCUUUCUGGCCCCUGAGAGAGUCUUCAGGGCUGACCUGGAGAAGGUAUCAAAACUAGACCGCCACGCUGGAGGGCUUCACACUUGGCAGGCGGUUUUGGGCUGUGAGCUCAGGGAAGACGGGCGCAAAGGAGGAUUUUUGCACUACGGCUACAAUGCAACGGACUUCAUCAGCUUCGACAAGGAGACCCUCAGUUGGGUGGCAACUCAACCCCAGGCCCAGAAGGUCGAGGAGAAGUGGGAGGAGGAUCCAGAAUGGACAGAGAAAAUUAAAGUCUACCUGGAGGAGACCUGCAUUGAGGGGCUGCAGAGAUUCCUGUCCCACAAGAAGGAGGCUCUGCAGAGGAUUGAGCCCCCAGUGGGGAAGGUGACUCACAAGGUGGUGGAUGACAGCCUGGAGGUCCUCAUCUGCCAGGCCUUUGGCUUCUACCCCAAGGAGAUCCAGGCCACCUGGACGAGGGACGGAGAAGUCUGCCAGUACGAGACCCUCCAUAGGAACGUGGUGCCCAAUUCAGACGGGACCUAUUAUGUCCAGCUCAGCAUUGAGAUCGACCCCAAGGAGAGGGACCAUUUUCAGUGUUACCUGGAGCACGAGGGCUUGCAGGAGCCUCUGGUCCUGGCCUGGAAGGAGGAAACAGCUACAAAGUGGUGGAUUUAUAUGGCGAUUGUGGCUGUCAUAAUCUUGGCCCCUGGGAUUCUCUUCCUGAGCUGCUGGAGGUGGAAAUGCAGGAAAAAACGCCAUCAGGAAGAGACAAGUUGACGCCUUCUAAAAAUGCUUCCUUCUCCCACAAGUGUAGAAGAUGGGAUUCAAUCGUAGGAGAUGCUUCACCCUGCAAUAACCUGAGCGCAACACAACCUAUGGAGGAUGGAGGACCCAGAGGACUAUCAAAGACACUGAUUCCACAUUGCCCAGUGAAGAAGGGAAACAACUUAUUAUUGCUUAUUGUUUAGCACAAAAUCUGUGGCCAUUGACCUGGGACACUCUAGUUUAUUGUAUUCUCAUUUUAUAUUGAGAAACCAUCUCUAAUUCAUAUAUUUAUAUAAUUAUUGCUUAUUUAAGGCAUAGAGAUUCCACUGGUUCAUCUGCUUUUGAUCUGCUGGUUGGAUCAAAUGAAAGUCUCCCUGCACAUACCCAAGAUGGCGGAUGUUGCCUGAGACGCUCCCGGAGGAGCCUGGAAUAGCCUGGACCUAUUGGGGCGGCUCAUUUUCUGUUGGCCCAUUUUCCUGCAGGAAUCUGGAGGCCCCAUUUGAGACUGGGGAUAUGAAAUGACCAAAUGCUGGAAGACCCAGGGAGUGGAGGACGGCCAAGGGUUGGGCUUAGGGCUGCCUAAGGCCAUUCUCCCCUUUUAUUUAAAUAAAUAAAUAUAUAUAUUUAUAUAUAUAUAUAUAAAUAAAAGUAUAAAUUGAUAAAGUACGGUAAUAGAAUGGUAAAUAAUAAACUAAGUUAAUAUGAAGAAAUGAACUGUAUCUUUAAGGAAGUGAGUAUAAAAUAUAUGGAUGUAUGAUGAAUGUAAGAAUUGGAAUAUUUUUAAUUAAUGAAGGGUACUGUAACAAAUGGAAUAUUUUUAAUUAUAUAUUUGGAACUUAACUAAAUAAAAGAAAGUUGAAAUGA